GGGCCGCAGCCCCGGGGGCGGGGGGCGAGAGGCGGGGCCGCAGUGGCCCUGCGGCCGCCGGCCUACCGGCGCGCGAGGACCGCUCUCUGUCCCCGCCGCUCUCGGGACGCGGAACCGGGAGGAGGACGGAAGAGCAGCCUUCGCGAGCAUCCCUCGGGCCUUGCUUUCGGAGCGCCCGCGUGCAGGCUGACCUUGGCCGCCUGGCGGACCGGGGUGGGGCGGACCCCGCGGGACCCCGGAACUGCGGGACCCGCUGCCGCCGGGCAGGACCGGUGGGUAAUGGUGCAGCCAGCAGCCUCUGCCGAGCGCGGGCUCAGACCAUGAAUUACGUCGGGCAAUUGGCCGGCCAGGUGUUUGUCACUGUGAAGGAGCUCUACAAGGGGUUGAAUCCUGCCACCCUGUCCGGAUGUAUCGAUAUCAUUGUUGUCCGCCAGCCCAACGGGAGCCUUCAGUGCUCCCCUUUCCACGUCCGCUUUGGGAAAAUGGGGGUCCUGCGCUCUCGGGAGAAAGUGGUUGACAUAGAAAUCAAUGGGGAAUCUGUGGAUUUGCACAUGAAAUUGGGAGAUAAUGGAGAAGCUUUUUUUGUUCAAGAGACAGAUAAUGAUCAGGAAGUGAUCCCCAUGCACCUGGCAACCUCCCCUAUCCUGUCGGAAGGAGCCUCGCGGAUGGAGUGCCAGCUGAAAAGGAAUUCUAUAGAUAGGAUAAGAAGCCUCGACCCCAGUGCCUCAGCCCAAGUCUUACCUCCCAGUGAGACCCCUUCAAGUGGCUCUUUAGUGAAGAAGAGAAGAAAAAGGAGGAGAAAGUCCCAGCUAGACAGCCUGAAAAGAGAUGACAACACGAACACAUCUGAAGAUGAAGACAUGUUUCCCCUCGAGAUGAGCUCGGAUGAGGAGACAGAGCCGCCGGACAGCAGUGGAACUCUCUCUGAUGAUAUACCUCCAUUCCACGCCGGUCCCCAGGAAGACCCUUCCUUGGUCGUGACCUACCCUCAGUCAGCAUCAUACCCUAAUUCUGAUAGAGAGUGGUCGCCUAACGUGAGUAGCCUGAUAGAUUGGGAAAGGACCUCCUCUCAUCGGGCAGUUGCAGCCGAGGGAGGACUUUCUAGUUCUUGCCCUCCACAGCCUUCCCACUCCCACGCUCCAGAAAGUCCUUCAGUUUCCCGACCUUCAACACCUAAAAGUGAUUCAGAAUUGGUCAGUAAGCCCACGGAUAGGACGAUGCAGAAAAAUAACCUAGAAAUGCUCUGGCUUUGGGGAGAAUUGCCACAAGCUGCAAAGUCAUUACCACACAAGAUGAAAGAGUCCAGCUCACUGAACAGUAGAAAAAUCUGUGACGAAGUGCACUUUCAGGCCAUUCAGAGUGAAUCUUCAGAUGCAUUUAGUGACCAGUUGCCCACACUGGCCAGGGCACCUCCUGGGCAGCCACUUUCAGAGCAGAACAACCCCCCGACAGAGAUGCAGUUUGGUAAUGAAGAGGAUGCCGAGGCUCUGGGGGUAGCAGCGCUGCCUCUGCUUAGGAUUGAAGACCCCAAACCUCACUCUGCUGGCGCAGCCCCUACAGCAAGCAAGACAGAUUCUCCGAGGAGAAAAGACAAGCGAAGCAGACAUCUUGGUGCUGAUGGCGUCUACUUGGAUGACCUCACGGAUAUGGAUCCAGAAGUGGCCGCCUUGUAUUUCCCCAAAAACGGAGAUCCUUCUGGGCUCUCAAAACAUGCCAGCGACAGUGGAGCCCGGUCAGCCAACCAGUCCCCGCAGUCCGUGGGCAGUUCUGGUAUGGACAGCGGCAUGGAGAGCACCUCGGACGGCCUGAGGGACCUGCCGUCCAUCGCCAUCUCCCUCUGCGGGGGCCUCAGCGACAACAGGGAGAUAACCAAAGAUGCAUUUUUGGAACAAGCUGUGUCAUACCAACAGUUUGUGGACAACCCUGCUCUCAUCGAUGACCCCAAUCUGGUGGUGAAGAUCGGGAAUAAAUAUUACAACUGGGCAACAGCAGGCCCUCUGCUCCUGGCAAUGCAGGCCUUCCAGAAACCUUUGCCAAAGUCUUCAUGCUUAAGUUACCUUACUGUGAUUUUGGAUGCCAUUAGGUUUUGUUUCUCGAAAAUUUUUAAUCAACAAAUAGCCACUGUGGAAUCUAUCAUGAGGGAUAAGAUGCCCAGAAAGGGAGGAAGAUGGUGGUUUUCAUGGAGGGGAAGAAAUACCACAAUCAAAGAGGAAAAUAAGCCAGAGCAGUGCUUGGAUGGAAAGAGCCGCAGUCCCGGGGAGCAGCCAUCACAGCUUAGCAUGGCCACCAGAAUAAAGCAUGAAUCAUCUUCCAGUGAUGAGGAGCAUGCAGCUGCCAAGCCAUCAAGUGCAAGCCACUUCUCCCUGCUGUCCAACGUCAGCUACAAGAAGACCCUCCGGCUCACUUCAGAGCAGCUCAAAAGCUUGAAGUUGAAGAAUGGCCCCAAUGACGUGGUUUUCAGUGUUACCACACAGUAUCAAGGCACGUGUCGCUGCGAAGGCACCAUUUAUCUGUGGAACUGGGAUGAUAAAGUUGUCAUUUCUGACAUCGAUGGGACCAUCACCAGAUCAGACACUCUUGGCCACAUCUUGCCCACCCUCGGGAAGGACUGGACCCACCAGGGUAUCGCUAAGCUGUACCACAAAGUGAGCCAAAAUGGAUAUAAGUUUCUCUACUGCUCUGCACGUGCCAUCGGGAUGGCGGACAUGACCAGGGGCUAUUUGCACUGGGUCAACGAGAGGGGCACAGUGCUGCCCCAGGGGCCCCUGCUGCUGAGCCCGAGUAGCCUCUUCUCUGCUCUGCACAGAGAAGUGAUUGAAAAGAAGCCAGAAAAAUUUAAAGUUCAGUGUUUGACAGACAUCAAAAACCUGUUUUUUCCAAAUACAGAACCCUUUUAUGCUGCCUUUGGAAACCGACCGGCUGAUGUGUAUUCAUAUAAACAAGUAGGAGUUUCCUUGAACAGAAUAUUCACUGUCAACCCCAAAGGUGAACUUGUACAGGAACACGCCAAGACCAACAUCUCCUCAUAUGUGAGACUCUGUGAAGUGGUUGACCACGUUUUCCCAUUGCUGAAAAGAAGCCAUUCGUCAGACUUCCCCUGCUCAGACACUUUCAGUAAUUUCACCUUUUGGAGAGAGCCACUGCCUCCUUUUGAAAACCAGGAUGUACAUUCUGCCUCAGCGUAAAAGGUUCCAGGCAACCUCCUGACGUCACAUGAAGACCGCACACCCCCAUUAAAGGAGAGGCUCUGGGAGCCAUGGAGCCUGAUGUGCAGUCAUUUGCUUCAGAGCAGAGGGAGUUGAGCAGCAUCUCGCCCACUGCUCCCUGCCCAGCGGCUGACAUUUGGAAGUGAGAUAGGGAGGGUGCAGUAUAGGGGCAAGGCCUCAGGUGUGCGCAUGGCGGAGAAGGCAUUCCUGGGCUGGGGCUUACAGCCGCCGGAAAGUGCCCUUCCCAGCCGCCCCAGCAGUUGGUUACCAUUAAAGUGAGGUUGACGCCCAUCAUACCUAAGCAUAGAGCUGCAGGGGGUCCCCGCCGAUGGUCAUACCAUUUGAGGAACGCCAUGUGUGCCCGACUUCUGUGCUUGGCAGGAGGGCCGUGCAGGGUCACUCCGCUGGCAUCUGUGGUCUCUGCAGGGAUUCCAGCUUCACUGUGCUGGGCCUUGGCCUCGUGAAUGUGCCCUCGCGGUAUAUGCUGACCGGUUGCAUAGGUGAUACGUUCUCCUCUAAUGCCUUUGGUUAAAGGUAACCUAUGUCAUUGGCAUAUUUCCCCCCACUUGUGUGGUUCAAGGCUGGAAUAGUUAUGCCUUAAUGUUUUUGUUUAGAAUGUGCUUCGUUUGGCUCUUUGUAACUUUGCAAUGCCUGAAGUUGAGAUCAUAGCGUAUGUUACCAGGGCAGUAUUUUGAAUCAGCUCAGCACUCUGGCGGCAGCCUUUCAUCCAGUGAGGAGGUGCUGAAAAUGUGGACUUGAACAGAGCUUAUGCCCAAUGAUAAUGAUGCCGAUUUCUAGGGGAGUUCUCUAAAGAAACUGGUUAGUUUUAAGAAAAUACUUUCAGGAAGUUGUAUUCUUUGUAGAUAUUAUUUAUUAUUUUACUCUGAUUGGGUUACUAUUAUUAGCAUUUUAGCCAUAUUCUUUCUACUAUAACUGUCAUUAAUACAUUAGAAAGAUACACAUGUUGGACCCAAAGAGCCUUAUUUUGUAUAUAGCUCGCGACACUGACCUUCUUUUGGGUUUGAUGGGUAAUACUCUUUUUUUUCCCUUACCUUUUCCACUCAAAUUAAGGGCAAGUGGAUAAGUAAUAGUUUGAGUGUCAUUCUUUACUGGUAGAAAAUGAUUCUUUUACUUUUUUAUUAAAUUGGCUUGUGGAGAGAACAAUUUGAAAAGUGAAAGAAUUAUUUUGGUAAAAGAUUUUGCUUUAUUUUUUUAAAGAACAUUUUGCUCCAAUGAUUGAAGUGCUUUCCUAUUUAAGUUGCAUUGUUAGAGUUAGAGGAGGCAAAAAAUGGAACAGUUGAAUGAAAUUAUACUCUUUCUAUGAAAGAAAAACCCAAGGGGCUGCCUUCCUUGUGGUGGCAGGCUCUGGCAGUGGAGGCCUUUACUCAGCAGUCCGCGCGGCCCUACAGAGAGAGGCAGACCAUAGUUGACUGCAGAUGGGUCCAGAAACACGAACGUGCUUGUGCAGUUCCCUUUUGGAGGCACUCAAAUUAAUUGAAAAUAGCCUUACCUUAACUACCCUGGGCUUGUUCAUUAUUGACCUUUAGAGGCUAAAUGAAUUCUUCCUGUCAUGAGGUAUUUUGGGGUGAAGUUUAAAUUGUGACCUAAGUAUAGCUCCUGGGCCUGCAGAGGUGACAGCAUCUCCCUUGUGCUGGGGGGUUUGCCUUUGAGACUGGCAGCAUAUCCCUCAUGCCAUUCACCCAUCACUGGGAUGACUCUCCACAUGGAGCUGUGAGAGCACGCAACCUUGAGCUCCUAAUUUUGAUCCACUUUUGGCUUCCACACCGCUGCACUCUGACAUAGAGCCCACCUUCCACCAGAAAGUCACCCUCUUGGGUCUGUGUCAGAUCCAGAGUGUGACCCCUGGAGAGUCUGUAACAUUCACACCUGGCUUGUGGCUUCAGAAAAUGAGAUUUGUGCCAGGGCUGCCACUCAUGCAUUUGUGAGUUGGUUUAUCUGAAUCUAUACAGUUAUGACCAACCUAGUAACCCUGUGCUCAUUUUGCUAGAACGCUGUGUUUGGACCACAUGUUUCAAGGUUGCUCUUUGGAAAUGAAUCACCCACAGUGAUAAGUCAUCAAAUGUUCAUCACAUGUGAUGGAAAAACUGUAUAUACUUAGUACAUAGAAAAAUAUGUACUGGGUAUGUUGGAGAAAUGGUUACAUCUGCGAAGAGAAUUCCCUUUUCAAUUUUAUGUUUGGCUUACCCCUUUAAAUAUAUUUUAUUUACAACACUUGAUCUGUAUUUAUAUUUGCUCGUGCAAUGAUAAAAUCACUGUAAUACUCCUUUGUGUUGUGCUGGGUGCAAAGGUAGAAAAUAUUUUAAUAAAUGAGACUGAUGAAAGACUUAA